AUGUCUUCCUCUCUCGACCAGCUUAAGGCCACCGGCACCGUCGUCGUCAGCGACUCUGGCGACUUUGCCUCCAUUGCCAAGUACAAGCCCCAGGAUGCCACCACCAACCCUUCCCUCAUUCUCGCCGCCUCCAAGAAGGCCGAGUACGCCAAGCUAAUUGACGAGGCCGUUGCCUCCGCCAAGAAGCAGGGUGGCUCCGUCGACGAGCAGGUCGAUAACGCCCUCGAUGCCCUUCUCGUCGAGUUCGGCAAGGAGAUUCUCAAGGUCGUUCCCGGCAAGGUCUCCACCGAGGUUGACGCCAGCUUCUCCUUCGACACCAAGGCCUCCGUCGACAAGGCCCUGCACAUCAUUGACCUGUACAAGGCCCAGGGCAUCUCCAAGGACCGCGUCCUGAUCAAGAUUGCCUCCACCUGGGAGGGCAUCAAGGCCGCCGAGAUCCUUCAGCGCGACCACGGCAUCAACACCAACCUGACCCUGAUGUUCUCCAUCACCCAGGCCAUCGCCGCCGCUGAGGCCGGUGCCUACCUCAUCUCCCCCUUCGUCGGCCGUAUCCUCGACUGGUACAAGGCCGCCCACAAGAAGGAGUACACCAAGGAGGAGGACCCCGGUGUCAAGUCCGUCGGCACCAUCUUCAACUACUACAAGAAGUUCGGCUACAAGACCAUUGUCAUGGGUGCCUCCUUCCGCAACACUGGCGAGAUCACCGAGCUUGCUGGCUGCGACUACCUCACCAUCUCCCCUAACCUGCUUGAGGAGCUCCUCAACUCUGACGCCCCCGUCCCCAAGAAGCUCGACGCUGCUGCUGCUUCCAGCCUCAACCUUGAGAAGAAGUCCUACAUCAGCAACGAGCCCCUCUUCCGCUUCGACUUCAACGAGGAGCAGAUGGCCGUCGAGAAGCUCCGUGAGGGUAUCUCUAAGUUCGCCGCUGAUGCUGUCACCCUCAAGGACAUCAUCAAGCAGAAGGUCCAGGCAUAA